AUGUCCCUGUCUAGUUGUUGCGUUACUGGCUUCCGGUGGGAUGGUACCCCGAAAGGCCAUGAAACCACUCUUGCCGACAAAAAGGCCUAUGUAACUGGCACCAACAAGGAUGCCGCGGUUCUCAUCGUCCACGACAUAUUCGGCUGGACCUUGAACAAUACUCGACUGCUGGCUGACCACUACGCCGAGGAAGCGGACGUCACUGUGUAUUUACCUGAUUUCUUCGCCGGCGAGAUCGUCACUCCUGAUCAUCUCUUUGGAUCUGGCGAUCAUGCAUCGACUGGACCAUUGGAUGUGGGAGCUUUUAUUGGUCGACACGGCAAGGACAUCAGGCAACCGGAGAUUUUUGCCUGUGCUGCCGCACUGAAAAAGGACCUAGGCUAUAAAAAGGUCGGUGCAAUUGGAUUCUGUUAUGGAGGUUGGGCAGUUUUUCGACUGGGAGCCAAAGGCAACAACCUGGUCGACUGCAUUUCGACGGCGCACCCGUCUCUGCUCGAAAAAGCAGAGAUCGACGCCGUCGGUUGCCCUACCCAGCUCCUCGCGCCAGAAGAGGAUCCCACCUAUACUCCAGAACUCAAAGAGUAUUCUCUAAAGGUCCUGCCAACGUUGAAUAUCGACUACGAUUACCAAUAUUUUGCCGGUUUAACCCAUGGCUUCGCUACGCGAGGUGAUACCGAGAAUCCGACGCAGAAAAAGGGCUUAGAGCGGGCCAAGAAUGCCGCUGUGUCUUGGUUCCGAGAAUAUCUUCAUUGA